CAAACACAGAUUUUGAAAAUUUGCAAGUGAGGGCAAAAUUUUCAAUCAGGUGCGGGAAUGGAAAAUUUGAAAAUGAAAAAAACGGAAAGAAUGAUGGGAUGCAAUUCAUUAAUUAUUUUUGAAAUUUGAAUUUGAAAUUUGUAUCUAUGGCCAGAAGCAGAAAAAGGAAAGAUCAUCAUUGAUUGUCUUUGUGAGCGUUUCUGAGGAGAUGUUAUAGUAUACCUUAAUAGGAUUAGGAUUAGGUUAGGGUUUUAUAUUUAUGUAGGGGAAAUUCGAACCAAAUAACAACGUAACCAUUGCUGUUAUUGAAUCCAUUCAGCUAUUCAAUUCAGAAGAGAAGAAAACCCCUAAACAUGUCGUCUGGAUCUGACAUGGGCAACACAAACAGAGACCAAUUCAGCGUUGGGAUUCACCAAUUCCAACAACAACCACCUCAGCCGCAGCAGCUUCAAAACAUGCAACUCGAAUUUGGUGCUGACGGCGCUGCUGUUUACAAGCCCGUCGCAACCGCCUCCCCAACCUACAACCCCUCCACCACCGUCGCCGCCGCCUCCGCCGUCGCUACUGUCAACAUCAACGGUGGUGAACCCACUGCUGCGGCGGUGCCCGUGUCCGAGGGCCAAGGCCAAUUGGGUAGCACUUCUGAACCCUUGAAAAGGAAGAGGGGGAGGCCCAGGAAAUAUGGACCUGAUGGCUCCAUUGGAUUAGCCUUGACGCCAACUCUUACCUCUCCUCAACCUGCUGCUUCCGCCGCCGCCGCCUCCCCAGCCCCCGUCGACGGCGGAGCAUUUUCUCCUGCUCCUCCUCCUCCAGCUUCUGCCACGCCUGGUUCCUCGAAGAAGGGAAGAGGCAGGCCUCGCGGAUCUGGCAAUAAGAAUCGAUUUAGGGCUUCUGGAUCAGCAGGAGUUUCUUUCAUACCUCACAUCAUAAAUGUGAAGGCUGGAGAGGACUUGUCAUCAAAAAUCAUGGCACUUUCCCUGAAUGGGCCAAGAAAUGUUUGCAUCUUAACAGCAAAUGGAGCCAUAUCUAAUGUGACACUUCGUCAACCUGCCUCAUCUGGUGGAACUGUGACUUAUGAGGGGCGAUUUGAGAUCCUAUCUCUUGGUGGUUCUUUGGUGCUUUCUGAAAAUGAUGGUCAGAACAGCAGAUAUGGUGGAUUAAGUGUGUCUUUGUCAGGGCCAGAUGGCCGUGUUUUGGGUGGCGGAGUUGCAGGUCUUUUGGUAGCUGCUACCCCUGUUCAGGUUAUUUUGGCUAGCUUCUUUUCAGAGGGUUGCAAGGAAUCCAAGUCUGCAAAGCAGAUGGCAAAGUUAUCUGCCCCGCCAAAAGUUUCCGCAGCUGGCCAAAGCAGCUCUCCAUCACGGGGUACUCGUAGUGAAUCGUCGGGUGGACCUGGAAGCCCGCUUAACCAGAGUACAGGAGCCUGCAAUAACAAUAACCCACCACAAGGCAUUUCAGGCAUGCCCUGGAAGUAAAACUCUGCUCACUUGUUAUGCUAUUGCACGUGUGUCUUUUACCUUGCUUUAGGCAUUAGAGAGACACACCUGUAACAUUAGCUUUGUGCAAUAUUAGUUCAAGAAAAAUAUGUAAGGUAUACAUCAUAUGCUCUUAGGUUAAUUUCGUUGGCUGUUGCCAAAGAUUUGAACUUAGUCUUUCUGCACCUGGAUGAUUCAAAGAGGUUCAGCCAGGUUCGGGUGGUGAUGAAGGACAACGUAGGACCAUGACAUGGUAGUGACAUUAUUAUCCGUUAAUUGUAUUUUGUUGUUUGCUGCCUGCAGAAACCGUCUUUGUUACCCAGUUGUUUGAUGGUAGUAAUGAUUCCAUUAGACUUUUGCCCUUUCUUCACAAUUUUAUUAUCAUUAAAGUA